GACCGCCUCGCGCCCUUCACGAGCAAGCGCGGCCCGCGCAGCCACAACCGCGGCCGCGGCGCGCGGCGCCCCGGCGUGCUCACCUCCAACAGGAAGUUCCUGCUGCUGCGCGCCAUGGUGCCGCACUUCGUCGUGCCCGACCUGGCCGCCUGCGAGCUCAAGGCCUACGUGUCGUACCGCGCGGCCGCCGGCGCCGAGCCGCCGCUCACGGCCCGCCGCCUCUUCGACGAGGUGGUGGCGCCGCGCAUCGAGCGCGACGUGCGCGACGGCGUCUUCCAGGAGGGCGAGCUGCGGCGCUACGGCUUCGAGGAGACGCAGGAGGGGAAGCUCUUCCGGCUCUUCCCCAAGAACUACGUGCGCUGAGG